AUGAGUGAUAAUUUGAAGCCUGAAUACUUUCAAUUAUUAAGAAAAGUAUUGCAUGAGAAGGAACUUGAAAAUAAAAAGAGACAAAUUGAAAGGAGAAAAAAACUACAAGAAGAGCAAUCACAAAAUAAUAAUAAAAGAGAUGUUGAAGAAAUUAUAAUUCCUGAUGAUCUUGACGUUAAACCGUAUGUUACAAAAAAAAAAUUAAAGAAGUAUGGGUCCAAAUAUGAUAAUGAAUCCAUUGUUGAAGAUCCUAAAAUGGUCAUCAAUAUUGAUGAUGAUGAUAAUGAUGAUGGCAAUAUAAGUGAUUUUGAUGAAGACGAAGAUUUUAAUUCAGAUGAAUUUGAAGAUGUGGAUGUUUCAAACAACUUAACAGAUUUAGAUGGUUCCAUAUCUAUAACAAUAGAUGGUUCAACUUCCAAUAAGACUAAAACUGCUUCUACACGCAAGAAUGUAUGUUCUAAUGAAGUGAGAUCCUUUAGAAAAUAUUAUCACUGUAUUUACCUGAUAUCUCAAAUAUAUUCAGGAACCAUAUAUAAUGAAUAUUUGAAUUCAACUUCUUUACUGAAAAAAUUAUCCCUUUUGGUUCCAGAUAAGACUUUUGAUCUAUUGACUCCAGAAUUGGAUAAAGAAAUGCCAUUACGUUCAACUAGAAAGCUAUUAAACGGUUUAAAAGAUUGUAUUAAGAUAUGGAAUAAAAAUUGGAGAUUAACUUCAAGUAAUACAAAUUCAUACUUUCUCAUGAAAACUUGGGAAGAAUUACAAGAAUGUGAUAAAAAUAUUCCAACAAGUAUAAAUCGAUUUAAUAUUAAAAAGGCUAUAUCAAAGCGUAAAGGUGAUAUACAUCAAUCUGCAAUGGGGUUUAUAGCAAUGCUAAGAUCUUGUAAUUUAAAUGCACGAUUGAUAGUAUCAUUCCAACCACCAGAUUUUACAAAUUUAAAAAUUAUUGAGAAAAGAAAAAUUAAUAAUAUAUCAACUUUUGAAUAUAAAUACCCAUUUGUAUGGUGUGAAGUUUGGGAUAAGUUUUCUAAGAAUUGGAUCACCAUUGAUCCAAUUAUAAAUAAAAAAAUAGAACAAAUUCAAAACUUUUCACUGUUGGAACCAAAAGGUUUAGAUUCGGUAGAUCGAAAUCUAAUUCGAUAUGUAAUUGCCUUUGAUAGAAAAAAUGGUGUUAAGGAUGUAACUAGAAGGUAUACACACUGGUAUAAUUCGAAAAUUUUAAAAAAGAGAAUCACGAGAACUCCUAAAGGCGAAAUAUGGUAUAAUAAAAUCAUUUCAAGAUUCAAUAGGAGGAAGCGUAUAAAAAUUGAUGAUUAUGAAGAUUUAUAUAUGAAGAAAAGAGAUUUGAAUGAGCCAAUGCCAGAUAAUUUAAGUGAUUUGAAGAAUCACCCGUUUUAUGUGUUAGAAAAUGGUUUAACUAAAUAUCAAACUUUAAAGAAGGGUGUCGUAGAAUGCGGAUUUUUAAAUAUUUCUAAAUCCUCUACAGCUUCAAAAAAAAUUGGUAAAAAAAUUUUAAAAGUAUAUAAGCGAUCAGAUAUCCUAGAGUUGAAAUCUCCAAAGAGAUGGUAUAUGGAGGGAAGAGUAUUGAAAACUGGUGCAAAACCUUUAAAAACAAUCAUUAGAAAAAAUCCCUAUUCAUUAGAUAAUAAUGAUGAAAGUGAAGAGGAAAGGCUUUAUUCAUUUAAUGAAACUGAAUUAUACAUACCACCAAUUAUAAAUCCAACUACAUUGGAGAUACCUAAAAACCAUUACGGCAAUAUUGAAAUUUUUCAACCUACAAUGAUACCAAAUGAUUGUGUAUUAAUUGAAUCACCAAUUGCUAUAAAAUCAGCAAGGUUUCUUGAUAUCCCAUUUGCUCCUGCCGUGACAAGUUUUAAAUUUGAGAAAAGUAAGGCUGGUAGAAGAUCCAACACAAGAUCAACCAAAGCAAACUUAUCGGGUGUUGUGGUAUCUAACAAAUUCAAGAAUGCAUUACUUACUACAAUUGACUGUAUGGAAUAUGAUAUUGAAAAUUCUAGAAAAAUUGAAGAAACUUUAAGUUGUUUACAGAAUUGGAAUACCUUAUUUUUAAAAUUAAAUAUUAAAAAUAAGUUGAAUUAUACUUAUGGUACAGUUCAAGAAAAUAGUUCGAAAGAUAAUGAAUCGAAUAUUCAAACUUUCAAUACUGAUAUGGAUGAAAUAGAAUCGGAAGAUGAAGAUAAAGAUUUUGCAUCAGGUGGGUUUUUACCACGGCUUAGUAGAAAUGAAGGAGAAGCUCCUAAUGAUAACAAUAAUCAAUUACUGCAAUUACAAUCAUCAGAUGAAAUGCCAGAAUCUAUGGGUGGGUUUUUACCUCAAUCUAACAUUGACAUUGAUACAAAUAUGGAGCAAUCAGUUUCAGAUUUUGAUGGAGGGUUUUUACCAAUAAUAUUAGAUAAUAAUGAAGUCAAAAAUACUAUUAAUAAUGAAGAAGUAAUUAACUCUUCUAAUUCACAUAAUGCUUGGAUAAUACCAAAUAAUAUUGAGGUGGGGGAUAUAUCUGAACCUGUUGAACCAUAUGAACCUAUCUCCAAGCGGAAAACUAGACUUUCUUCUCGUAUGGUAAAAAAUAAAAUUACUGAUAGAAAAAAUGACUCUGAUUCUGAACAUCAAGAGAAAUUUCUUGUUCGUGAACAAGAUAUUGAAAAUAAUACUAUAGAUGAUUCUGAUUCCUAUACGCAAUAUCAUGUGCCUGCCAAUAACAUAAAUAGGCAAAUUAAGCCGCAAAAGCUUUCAGAACCCAUAUCCAGAAGAAUUACUAGACGCCAUAAAAACAAAAUAAAUUAUUAUGAAAAUGUCAGUGUAAACGAUGAAAUAGAAGAUAAUCCAGAUAUGGAUGAUGAAUACGCAGAUUUUAUGAACGAAUUAAACGAAUAA